GCCACUCAGGACAACAACAACAUUGGCUCAGUGUGCCGUUCAGUAGAAAGGUUCUAGCCUCUGUAGUGCAGUAGAUGUUCUGUGGCAGGGCUGUCUGCAAAAUCAUCUGCUCAGCUCCAGGAAGCUGUUGUUUUUUGUAAUACGGGCCCCACUACUAUCCUUUUAUCACUAUACUAACCAGCCGUGACCCCUCGUAAGCACCGAGUAUUCAAAAAUUAAUAGUGAUAGUCCGGCCAUAGCACUCCGGCAUGUUUCCUAAAAUCGGUUAAAAGCGUUUAGCGGCCAGCCGACCUGAAUGCCGGUCUUCGCAUGCAUAGCUCCGCUAUUUUGUGUGCAGCUUCGUGAACUUGUUCAAGUGUCUAAAUAUGGGUGCCAUUUGGGGCAAGACACCUGAAACUGGCGCUGCUGAAGGCGAGGCGAGUGGAGCCGACGCAUGCGUAUUCUGCAAAAUUGUAGCAGGGAAAGACCCGAAGGCAACUCUUCUCUACCAGGAUGAAGAUUAUGUUGUGUUCCCAGACAUUCACCCUGCUUCGGCACACCACUAUUUGGUUGUUCCCAAGAAGCAUGUGAAGAAUGUUAAAUCGCUAACACACAAUGAUAUUCCGCUAGUAAAUCGCCUUGUUGAGAUUGGGAAGCAGGUGCUGGAAGAGCGCAGUGGAAGCAUGGAUUCCUCAAGGAUGGGCUUCCACUGGCCUCCUUUCACGAGCAUCUCCCACCUGCACCUGCAUGUGAUUUCACCUGUGGCAGACAUGUCCACGUUGGCCAGCAUCAUCUUCAUGCCUCGUAUGCCAUGGUUCAGUGUGGUGGAGGACACCGUGGCCUACCUGGAGCGUUCCCGACCACCGGCGUCCUGAUCGCCUCUAGAUUUGCUCAAUACAAGCUUUGCUUCGAGGCUGAUUCCUCCAGUGUUGUAUGUGCGAGUAAGGCCGUCCGGUUGCAUUCCACGUCGUGUUCUGGCACGGUGGCUGCAUCAUCCACCAGCUGCCGGGAGUGACUCUUGCGGUUAAAGUUAUGCUCAACAAAAGUUUCAGGGUCCGUUGCCGUGACAUAGCUGAAGUGCCACAAACAGCGACUGUGCGUGCCUUGUUCUAUGCCCCCCAGCCUGCAGCUGUGGUUGUGCAUCAGCACUUGCCCCGCGUCUGACUUUAUGUGUACAACUGGCAAUCUGUAGAGCUUUUGUGUUCUCAGAAAACAUAAGAUUCUGGACUACGUGCCUAAGCACAAUGCCAUCUAUAAGAAACCAUGACUGAGUGACUUUAUUCAGUGGCAUGCGAACUAUGUCUAGAGUGGGGGGCAAAUUGCAAUAGAUAUGAUCUCUCUCUC